GCGGUGAUCAAUAUGGGAUCACUUUCCAACAGCCACAGCCCCACAAGGAACAAGCCGGUGGGACCGACGGUCCUAUGUACUAGUAGUGGAGUAUGGGCCCCCGAGACCACUCCCGGCGACGAACAACACCGCAGUUACUCAUCUGGUACUAAGCACGCUCGUUGGAAGCGAGAUAUUAUGUAGGCAGUUGUCAGACAAUUCCCAGCCCGCCGGUUUCGUGUGCGAGUACGAGUAUGUAUGGUCCCUGGGUACAUGGGAAUUCCGCCCGCAUGCCAUAGAGAACGAACAGCAAUUCGUCCUCCAUCUCGCCUCCGUGACCUCCAUGCUUUAGUCCACCUUCAUGUACCCCACCUUACGCUAUAGCCGAAGUAAAUUCUAGGGGCGGGGAAGAUCUUUCGCGGAUCCAUUUAUAUUCAAUUCUCGCUCCUUUUUAUGCUGGUCACUGGAUAAGUCAAUAAUCAGAAUGGAGAAUGACCCAGAAAUCGUCCGCGAGGUUGAGAACGCCCUCCAUGUCGACAUCAUACCGGGGACCGAGAUUAUGGCGCAAGUGGCCGGAAUCCACCUCGUCGAGAGCAAGAGUGAUGGAGUCCUUGUGCCCCAGCCCUCCAACAAUCCAGAAGAUCCGCUCAAUUGGAGUCCGUUGUGGAAGGGCAUCGUGAUGUCGAGCAUGAUCAUGACAUCGUUCCUUCAAGCAUUCGGGCCUUUGGCGAUCGCGCCGCAGGUUCCCCAGUACAUGGCGGAAUGGAACAGGAGUCCACCUGAGAUCCUACGAUUUAUCGGUAUAAGUAUCCUUGUGCUCGGGUUUAGCAAUUUCCUCUGGGUGCCACUGUCCACAACAUACGGUCGUCGGUGGGUCCUGAUAGCUUCUGCGGCGGUCUCGCUCGGAUCUUGCAUUUGGAGGGCCACGGCCACAUCUUACAGCUCCUUUCUGGGCGCAUGCAUCCUGCACGGUGUGGGUGCGGGUACUGCUGAGACGCUUCCUCCGGUAUUGAUUAGCGACAUCAAAUUCCUCCACGAGCGUGGGUUCUGGAUGAACGUCUACACGUGGAGCUACUUCGGGUCGCUGAUGGUGGGACCUAUCGUUGCCGGGGCCAUGACCGACCGAUAUGGCUGGAGGAGCUUCUGGUGGCUCAACGUCGUCCUGUACGGUGUCAUGAUCGUCCUCCAACUCUUCCUGCACCCGGAAACCCACUACGACCGACGCCACCUCGUUGGCGCGGGCCCGGGCAGCGACGACCGUGGCUUGAUCCCGUCCGACUCCUCAAACGCCGACGCCGAGAAGCCGACCGUCGCCACCUCGGAGAAUCCCCCACACGCCCUCGAACACGUCGACGAAUAUUUCGGCAAGGGCACACCGAUCAGAUCACAAUUCGUCUCGGUCAUAAGGCGCACCUCAAAGAAGGAGUCGCUGUUGUCCCUGUGGAUCCCGAUCAAGCUGUUUUCGUUCCCGAUUGUCGAGUGGACGUCGUUUGCGUUCUCGUGGAGCGCGAGCGGCUUCCUCAUGGUCAAUCUUACGCAGUCGCAGGCGUUUGCCGCCCCGCCGUAUAACAUGUCCAGCACCGCUGUUGGACUCACGAACUUCGCGCCGCUCGUGGGCGCAACCAUCGGCAUGCUAACCGCCGGCCCGCUCAGCGACUGGGUGUCGAUGCGGGCCACGCGCAAAAACAACGGCAUCCGCGAACCCGAGAUGCGGCUUCCGAGCUUGAUCCCGUUUGUUCUCUGCACCAUCGUCGGGACACUGGUGACCGCAUACGGUUACCAGAAUGCGUGGAAGUGGGAGAUUAUCGUGAUCGUGGGAUACACGCUUCUCGGCCUCCAGGUUUCGGCCAUCUCGGCCAUCGCCAUGACCUACUCGAUCGAUUCGUAUAAGCCCGUUGCGGGCGAGAUACUGGUUUCGGCCACUGUGAACAAGAAUCUCUGGGGGUAUGGAGUCGCCGAGUUCCUGACCCACUGGAUCAUCAGCUCCGGGUAUGUUGCGCCCAUGACUACUAUCAUGGGAACCUCAGUGGUGAUAUACCUGUUUGCGAUCCCGCUGUACAUCUGGGGCAAGAAUUUGAGGAGGAUUACGAAGGAUUCGAACAUUCAUUCGAUGUAGCUUGACUUGGUAGGUAGCAGUGCUCGUGAGUUGUAUGUAGAGUACCUAGCAUAUAUGUGAAUAGAAUAGUUUAACUGGAUCACGAUCAAUUGGACGGCAUAAGCGAAGUGGCUUGAAAAGCGU